AUGUCCAAUAUAGGACACAAAUACAAAGGCCGCAACAGGUUUGUAACACGUUUUUCUUAUUGUCGAUUUCUAGCAUUUUUUUCCCCCAUGUUUUCCCUAAGUAAGUGUUUGCAUGCAGGAAACCCAUUCAAGGUAAACAUGGUCGCGCAUUCCUGAUACCGUCGCUCGGGCUAACUGUUUUUGUGGUCAUUUUGAAAGAAUAUUGUUUUGCUUUUCUUGUGUGCAAUAGGAUCCAUAAACGCUGGGUUUGGAGCCACGGGAAUGAAUGUUUUUCUAACGUCUCUCAACAUUCCAUGGUUGUCAAAAAGCGACUAUAAAAUCCGCAAGGAGGAGGCAAAACAGGGCAUUGAUAAAGUCGCCGCUGAAACAUGUGAAAGAGCUGUAAGAGAAGAAGUGGAGGCUAUUAUGGAUUCGGCAGACCAUACAGAGUAAGUAAAUAAAAAAGUACACGUACGUUUUACUAACAUUAACACUAGGACAACAUGUUAGCAAGGUUCUGUUAUCAAAUGUAAAUUUCAUUUGAAGAUGGCCCGCCAGCCAUAAUUUAAAAAGUCUGUCAAGUGAGGCCAUUGCCGGGGCGCACGAAAGCAAUGGCAUACUAAAAUACAAAACACUCAAAUAUCUUCGAAAAUUUCGUUUAGAAGAAACCCUUGGCAUACUGAGAACUUGUUUUCAAAAUGAGCUGAAUUGGUUUUCUUUGAUACAGAAACAAAGCAAAAAUAAACACUAGUCUUGAUGCCGGAUGGCAAAAGCGUGGAUCUGGAAGAACAUACAAUAGUUUAUCAGGUAAGUAA